AAAACCGUUUUUUGUCCGGUAGUUCUUGGAGAAUUAAGGAAAGGGAACCUCCAAAUACGGACUGAACUUUACUACCACAUUCCAAAAUAUCGAAUCAAGGCGGCCUCCUAUCUAUUGGGACCCUUUUGUGUCCAGCUAUAAAAAAAAGUCAACUAUUUUAUAGGCUCUGCACACUGAGCCCAUCCCGGGGGAAUGGUGGGAUUUUUUGACAGAUGUGAAACUUCGAUUCACACUGCCACCAUCCGUCAAAAACAGCUGAUGCCAAUAACAAGUUCAUUAAAUUUGCGCGGAAGAUUUAUUAAUUCUUGGUUAUUAUAAUGGAUGAUGAAGAUAUAGCAAUUAUUUCGGCUGUGGUUGCACAGCAAAAUAUUUUCUUGCACCAACUAAUAAUGUUGAAUAAUGAUGAUGACGAUGAUGACUUUAACUUUGACGAAGAUGAGAUGCUUGACUGGGUAACUGCCAUAAAAAUACAAAAGCCAGGAAGAUUAUGGUCGUUUAAGCGGUUCGGGACAUUUUGGGAGAAAGAGGUACCAGAAAACAACGAGGCGUUUUUCAAAGAGAGUUUCCGAAUGGAGAGGCCCUGCUUUGAUAUUUUAGUGAAUCGGCUUGAAGUGCUGCGAAAGAAGGACACCAACUGCCGAGCUGCAAUUCCUUUGGAAAAGCGCAUCGCCAUUGCGCUAUACACUUUGGGCUCGUCCUCUGAGUACCGAACAGUUGGCAGGCUUUUCGGUGUAGCUCCAAACAGUGUGUGUAAUAUCCUGCACGAGUUUUGCAGAGCACUUAUCGACGAGUUUUCGAAGGAGUACAUGUCGCCCAAUUACCUAACUUCCGACAAAAUUGAUGAGUGCGUAAAGGGAUUCGAGGCAAUUGGGUUUCCUCAGUGCCUAGGUGCAAUUGAUGGAUGCCACAUCGAAAUAAAACCACCAGCAGCUGAGGCAGUAGACCACCAUAACUAUAAGGGCUGGUAUUCCACAGUCUUGUUUGCCCUAGUGGAUUAUAGAUACAGAUUUACAUAUGUAAAUAUCGGCUCUGCAGGAAGGUGCAAUGACUCGAUGAUAUACCAGAAGUCAAGCCUUGCAAAACAUAUCGAAGCAUCGGCAUUACUCCAAGAGAAAGCCAAGGAAAUAAGCGGAGUAAACGUCCCUGUAAUGCUUAUCGGGGACUCGGCAUUUAGAUUUUCUAAAAAGCUGAUGAAACCUUACCCGUUUUCCACAAUCGCCUCUUUGGAACAGCGCACGUUUAACUACAACCUUUCCAAAGCUAGGCGAGUGGUGGAAAAUGCAUUUGGGCAUUUAAAAGCCAGAUUUCGAAUAAUCGGAAAAGGUCUUGGUAGCCACCACAAAAAUAAUAGCGCCAUAAUAAUGAGCUGUUGUAUUUUACACAAUAUAUUAAAUAUGCACAACAGCGCGAUUAAUGAAAAUUGGGAGCUUGCAACAAAUGAACAGCGCGAACAGCCCGAUACCAGCAACAGUUCUGCUGACUUUAAUCAGUCAGCAGAACAGAUACGAUCUGCAAUCGCAAAAUAUUGUGUAGACCGUAAUGAAAAUUAA